GCCUCGUUCAUGGAGGCGAGCCGGCAGCAAAGGGAAGCGAGGAAAAGCCUGCGCUCCAGGCUGGCGCGCCCUUUCCUCCUGCAAGGGCGGCUCCGACCAGGCGUGCACUGACGCGCCGAGGGGCGGCGCUGCUGUUGCCGCCGCCGCCGCCGCCGCCACGGGCACCUCCUCCAGUUUCCUCCCCUCAGUCCCGGUUCGGGAAUCCGCCGGCGCCGCCUUGCUGGGAGCGGCCGGCCAGGAGAAAGGAUGCUCCUCCGGGCGCGGCGGCGGAGGAAGAGGCGCGGCGGACGGGACAUCCCUGCGGUCGCCAGCCUUGCCUAGCGCAAGAGGCGCGCAGCCUCCUCCAUGGCGAAGCCCCGCGCUACGUUGCAGCGGCGAGGCCCGGCUUGCGGCGGGGAGCCCGGCGGCGGCGGCGGGGGCGGCGCUGGUGCCCGGGCCCAUCUUUCCUCUCGCCUCGGUGCGCCCUAAGGACUGCAGCGGCGGCGGCGCUAUGGCCGAGACGGAGCGGCCGGAGGAAGCGGCCCGGCUGUGGCGAGACGCCGCCCUGCGCGCCGGCAAGCUGCGGAGCGACCUCGGGCAGCUGGAGCUGGGCUCCCGGGAGGAGAGCGGCCCGCAGGCAGAGCCGGAGCCCAAGUCGGCGCUGCAGCAGCAGGAGCCCCAGCAGGAGCAGGAGCCGCCGUCGCCGCUGGAGACGCUGAACCUGAGCGGGCGCGGCCUGGAGGAGCUGCCCGAGGGCUUGUGCGCCGCCGUGGGCAGCAGCCUGAGCGUGCUCUCCAUGCGCAGGAACCGGCUGGCGAGGCUGCCCUCGGCCGCCGCCCUGGGGCACCUGGGCCGCCUGGCCGAGCUCGACCUGAGCCACAACCGCCUGCGCUCCCUGCGCGACGACGGCCCGGCGCUGGCGCUGCUGCGCGGGCUGCGCAAGCUCAGCCUCAGCCACAACCAGCUGGGCGCCGGCGGCGACGGAGCGCUGCCCGACGCCUUGGGCGAGCUGCGGCAGCUGGAGGAGCUGGACUUGAGCUUCAACCGCCUCAGCCGCCUGCCCGGCGAGGCCCUGGCCCGCCUGCAGCAGCUGCGCGCCCUGGACGUGGACCACAACCAGCUUCCCGCCUUCCCUCCCGCGCUGCUGGCGCUGGGCUCCCUGGAGGAGCUGGACUGCUCCGGCAACCGGCACCUGCGGGCCCUGCCCGAGGGCAUCGCCUCCCUGCGGCGCCUGAAGAUCUUGUGGCUCAGCGGCACAGGCUUGGCUGCCCUGCCCGAAGGCUUGUGCCAGCUAGGGGCCCUGGAGAGCCUCAUGCUGGACGGGAACCGCUUGAGAGGCCUGCCCGCCGGGUUUGGCGGCCUGCAGCGGCUCAAGAUGCUGAACCUCUCCUCCAACCUGCUGGCCGACUUCCCCGCAGCUGUGCUGGCCUUGCCUGGCUUGGAAGAGCUGUACCUGAGCCGCAACCAGCUCACCCUGCUGCCCGCUGGGCUGUGCCAGCUGGGCCAGCUGCGGACCCUGUGGCUGGACAACAACCGCAUCCGCUACCUGCCCGACUCCAUCGUCCAGCUGCAUCACCUGGAGGAGCUGGUCCUGCAGGGCAACCAAAUCGCCAUCCUGCCCGAGGGCUUUGGCCAACUCAACCGCAUCAGCCUCUGGAAGAUCAAGGACAACCCUCUGAUUCAGCCACCCUACGAGGUCUGCAUGAAGGGCAUCCCUUACAUCGCGGCCUACCAGCAGGAGCUGGCCCACUCCCAGCCUGCCCUCAAGCCCCGGCUCAAGCUGGUCCUGAUGGGCCUGAAAAACGCAGGCAAGACGCUGCUGAGGAAGUGCCUCGUGGAGGACGAGGACGAGGGACAAGGGCAUGGAGAGCUGUCCUUCGCUGCAGCCUGCAAGGACGCUGGGAGAGCUCGGACCAAGGGGUGCUUCAUGCAGACCCUAAGAGACCUGCCCCCUCAGCCUCUUUCCCCCAAAGCACAGCCGCACCGUCGCCCCAUUGUCGAGCAGCCAGGGGCUUCCCCAUUGCCAGCUUCGACCCUGAAAUGUUCCCAUUUGGGAUGUAUCUCCAGUGAGCAGUGGGACAUGCUCUUCUACCCUUCCCCGAAAGCUGCUGGGCAGACCCAGGUGGGAUGUUUUGCUGCUGAGCGGCAGGACGAUGCUCCGCUGGCCCCGUCCCCCAAAAUAAAUGGGGAGGCGCACUUAGGAUAUUACCCUCCCCUACGGCCCAUUAUGCCCCCAGCUCCCUACGCAGCAGGGUUGCCAGGCAGCAGCAAAGGCAUAGAGGUGACCGACUGGACUGCAGAUGUGGAAAGGGGCCUGACUUUCAUUGUGUACGAGCUGGCGGGAGACCCAAGUUACGACGUGAUCCAGCCCUUCUUCCUCUCUCCGGGAGCCCUCUAUGUGCUGGUGGUGAACCUGAGCACUUAUGUGCCGCAGUGUUUUUAUCCCUCCGUGGGGCACUUCCUUCACUGGCUGGGGGCGAAGGUGCCCCAUGCCGUGGUGUGCAUGGUUGGCACCCACGCUGACCUGUGCGCUGAACGGGAGGUGGAAGAGAAGUGCUUAGACAUCCACCGCCAGAUUUCCCGGCAAGAGAAGUGCGACUACGAGGGCCUCCAGAGUCUGGCCCAGCAGGUAGACGAAGCCCUGGGGCAGGAUUUCGACCUUCGCUGCUCCAGCCCCCACGUCGCCUUCUAUGGGGUGUCAGACAAGAACCUGCGGCGCAAGAAAGCUCAGUUCCAGUAUUUGCUAAACCACCGGCCGCAAAUCCUUUCCCCAGUGCUGCCUAUCAGCUGCUGGGAUUGCUGCCAGGUACGCCGCUUGCGAGAGAAGCUCCUUUCGGUAGCCGAGCAUAGAGACAUCUUUCCCAAUUUGCACCGGGUGCUGCCAAGGUCCUGGCAGGUGCUGGAGGAGCUGCACUUCCAACCGCAGGCUCAGCAGCUGUGGCUCAGCUGGUGGGACUCGGCUCGGCUCGGCCUGCAGGCAGGGCUGACGGAGGACCGUCUCCAGAGCGCUCUUUCCUACUUGCACGAGAGCGGCAAGCUGCUCUACUUUGAGGAGCACCUCACCCUUCGGGAAUACGUUUUCCACAACUUGCCCAGGCUCAUUGACAUCCUCAACGUCUUCUGCCAACGGGAUGCCGCGGUCUUGCUCCAGAAACUGCUUGGCAAUGCCCACGUGGACGAGCUGAAGGCCACGCAGCUCCACCACUAUGUGGAAGGCUUUUUGCUCCACGGGCUUCUCCCUGCCCAUGUCAUUCGCCUGCUCCUCAAACCCCACAUCCAGAGCAGAGAGGACCUGCAGCUGAUCCUGGAGCUGUUGGAGAAGAUGGGUCUCUGCUACUGCGUCAACAAGCCCAAGUCCAAGCCCUUGAACGGGGCGACGGCAUGGUACAAGUUCCCUUGCUAUGUGAAGAACGAGAUGCCCCACGCAGAGGCGUGGAUCAAUGGCUCCAACCUGGGUGGGCAGUCCUUUGUCGCGGAACAGCUGCAGAUUGAGUACAGCUUCCCCUUCAUCUUCCCCCCGGGGCUCUUCUCCCGCUACAGCGUCCAGAUCAACAGCCACGUGGUUCAGCGGUCUGAUGGGAAAUACCAGAUCUAUGCCUACAGGGGGAAGGUACCUGUCGUAGUCAGUUAUAGACCUGCCAAAGGCACCCAGCAGCCAGAUACUUUGUCUAUCGCUAGUCAUGCAUCCUUACCAAAUAUAUGGACAGCCUGGCAAGCCAUAACCCCACUAGUGGAAGAACUGAAUGUCUUGCUUCAAGAAUGGCCAGGCCUGUACUAUACUGUGCAUGUCCUCUGUUCCAAGUGCCUUAAAAGAGGGUCACCCCACCCGCAUACUUUCCCAGGAGAAUUGCUGAGUCAGCCCAGGCCAGAGGGAGUGACUGAGAUCAUCUGUCCGAAGAACGGUAACGAGCGAGUGAAUGUGGCUCUGGUACCCCCUACGCCGACAGUGAUCAGCCCUUGUUCCAAGUAACUUCUGGAAGACACCUGCCUUUGCCCCCAUAUAAGGACACACCAAACACCCUUUAAUCGAACAAGCCCUUCCUAAGCAUUUUUGGAAAUGUACAGCCCAGAGAUGUUUCUGAUUACUGAUGGGACCUGGACAACACAGCUUGGGAAAUAAAGAUUAAUGGGAGCAGGUGUGCUGAAAGGCUAUGCGCUGGGGUGGACACAAAUCUGUAGCCUGCCUGAAUUGAUCCUUACCAUCGGCUGGGGUUGGAGUGGUGUGUUUCCAAGAACUUUGUCCAGAGGCUUAUUGAAGCAAGAAUCACAGCAAAGCAUCCUCAUCCUGUGCUGCUCUUGGAACUUUUAUACACGACAGUCUGAAAACUCUGGGUGGUUUUAAUUGCUUCGUAAGCACCAAAACGAGAGCAUUGUUGACUGACGGCGAUGCGCUGGGAUUGAGAACUCUGUGGACCUGUAUUGUGCACUUGUUUGGACCCAUUGGUGAAUGUAAGAUUGUUCUCGGUGUGGUCGCUGUUCAGCUGUAGCUGAAAGAUAUAUCUGCUGAAAAGGCACUGUUGGUAACUCGGUUUCCCCAUAGGAAGAAAUUCAUAAUUCUGUGGCUGUAAUGUGCUGUGGAAAAGGACGCAAAAUCAAAACUGGAAAAUACCUCUUCAGAUGGAUGCUUUCCCAGGGACUGAGCAUAUAACUUAACCCCAGAAGUGAAAUGGUUUUUAAAGUAAUAUAUUAAGUUGCAGAGGAAUUGUGGACUAAAGGAUUCAUCACUCGACCCUCAGCCUCAGGAUCAUUCUCUAGCGAGGAGCUGCUUGCCAACAGAGUAGGAUGAAAAACUUCUCAGGGAUUAUGUUCAAUGUGCAGUUUAAAAGCCGCAGCUGCCGUUGACGACAGCAGUAUCGGGGGCACUCUGUUUCCAAGUCUGUCAAAUGUGAAAGAGGUUCACUGCUGAAGUUCACUGCUGUUCAGCAAUUUGUUUGUGUCUUUUUUUUAAGUGUUAAUCUUUAUUUUUCUAAGUUUUUAAUUAUCUAUGCAGUUUAGAAUUAAUUUGACACUGGGUACAAAGGUCAGCGUGGAGAUUGUGCUAAAUCAGUUGUGGGGUUCUGGAUGUGAUGUCAAAACAAUGCAUGUAGGUCUCUAUUGUUUAAACACCUGGUUUGUGCACAGACACACACAUCACGCACACACACACACAGAUACACACACACAAUCUUCAAUUUCACUGCAGUUUCAUGGUAAAAUCCACCUAAAUAAACACUAGCACAGAUUCUUCUGGGAAUACCUCUGCCUCCACAAAACAGUUGAAGCCGUACUUGAAAGAAUCAAAUGUGAUUUUGAUUUUUCUCCCUCUUGUGAGUGGAACAUGUCAACGUGGUGGAGAAGGGGAAGACAGCUUGAGUUAAACUUUAUUUGUGGAGUAUCCAGUUGAGUGGUCAGCCCUGAAGUAAGCCAGGAAUCCUUCAUCCCUAAACAAUGCCAAGAAUAAUUGACCAGGAAUAAAAAUGGAGUAAUUGAAUUGAGGCAGAAAUGAUUGACAAGGAGCAAAGAGCAGCGUGGAGAUGGACACACCUCAGUCCUCCAGCCACUUGGGAGCCUAGAGAAAGCAAUUCAACUAUUGGUGACAAUGUGCCACAAAGAUGGGGCGUUAUUGCUAGACCUUGUUUACCUUCAGUGUCUUGAAAUUAAGCACUGGAAUACCAGCAGCUAAAAUGCAGCUCAUGUUGCAACGAAGUUGACCACCUCAGUUCCAGAAUUUUCUUUUCUCGACUAUGGAUCACGCUGGCUUUAUUCAUAAUGUCCAUCAUGCUGGGGUGGGGAUUGGUGCAGUGUCCUACGAAACAUGCUUUGUUUUCAAAAGAAUGUAUUAGUCUGGGGGCCACUUUAAACAUCGCCUGAGUUAAGUAUAGUUAUGGCACUACACUUUAAGCCAUUCUGAUAAUGGUAGCGCCUUCUGCCCUUAUGUUUAGAGCAGCAUUUGUGCCACAUUUGCUAGAUUAGGAAACUGAAUUAUGACACCACCAUCCAAGCGUGCAACACAGUCUACCUUCAGCGCAUCAGUGGAAGCUUCUGGUGUUACUGGAAUGGUUCAGGAAAGCCACAGAGCAGAGGAAACCACACUUCUCAGACCUCAAGAUUAUUCCCUUGUUUGAAGAACGCAGCCAACAAUCUGUAAUAUCCACUCUUACAAGUAAACAUCACAUUUUAAAAAAUGUAGGGGCAUUUUAACAUGUAACUUUGAGGUGGAUUUCCAUGGGGAAAUCAUAAAACAGCUGUUGAAUUUUAAGCUUAGCUGAGGGAAAGAUAUACCUCAUUUGAAAAGUGGUUGAAAAGGAGACAUUAAUCAACAAAUGUGUCUGGUGUUACGAGUGGGCUUUUGAAUCCCAGUGGCUAAUUUUUGUCGGUGUGUGUGGAAAGAUGUUCCCCCCGCCACUUCAGAGUCACUCCAUUCGACAACUGUUGUGUACAAGAAGGUUAACUGGGGGAUUAACUGCAGUUUUCUGUUGUAUUUUGGGUCUUGUGGGCCAUUUCAGGUCUAGUGUGGAAGUCGAACAUUCCCAGAUCUUAAUUACCUUAGCACAUCAGGGGCAUGUGCUAAGAAGACAUUCCCAAGCAAAUUUCGGUGCCACAUCACCUAGUAAAAUAGUUUGGGCUUCAGAAAUGUAUUGUUUAGGUUUGCCUUAAGUAGGCUUGAGCAAAACUUGGUCAUUCUGUGGGAAAGUGCCAAAACAGCAGUGCUUAACCAGGCUUCAGCACCACUGAAUUUCUGGCAAAUACUAGUUGAGAUGAGUUUUCUAAGUGUACCUUCAUUCUUCAGUGCAACUUUCUAGGUAGCUCUGACUUCUGUAAGGAGGAGCACAACUUGACACGAGUUUUCCCUCUCAAGGCCAAAAUGAAGGGGUUUUUUUUGCACCUGUUAAAGUAGAUCUUUGCCAGCAAUGGGAGAUUGACUCUUUCCUGAUGUCAGCCUAAACAUGGGUGGCGUUUAGUCAUUCUUGUUUUUCAGGCUAUUUGCUAAAAAUGCUCAGCAACAUCGCACUGGAGCGUCUGAGGCGAAACACUUGCUGCGGUUGUCUGAGAACUUUUAAGAGCAAAUAUAAUUUUUUUAAAAUCAUUUUUUGCUAUGCAGGACAUUUCAAUACAGACACUGCAGCCAGACAAAGAUAUUUUGGCUGGUGGAGUGUCUUGACAAGAUCCUGUUGUGGUAGUAUCGGCGGAAGACUUCUGCCAGCUUUUCUGGGAAGAGGGCGAGGUUUUGCUCUGUGAGGCACAAAAAAAUCAAUCAAGCUAUUCCUCUUAAAACUGCUGGAGAAUUGCCCUUGGAAUCAGUCACGUUUUCUAUUCCUAGGUUCUAUGACAGGAAAAGCUGUUUCCUGGAUAUGCACCGCAGUGCUGCCAAAGAAAACGUGUGCUGUUUUUAAUUCCUCAAAAGAUUCUCUUCUCUUUGACCCAUCUUUGAUUCACUUCUGGAAGGCCAAAAAAAGGGGUGUUUGGUGUAACAUGGGUGGUGAUUGUUCAGCAAGGGGCAUGGGGCGGCGGCUAUACUUAUAGCUUAUCUGUUAAUUCUCCAUAUUACAGCACAGACUUCUUUUUUUACAAGAAAAAAGAAAAAAAGAAGAAAAAAUAUUCUCACCAAGACAAAAACCUGAGAAUAAAAGUAAUAUUACAAUUUGA